AUGACUCCUCAGGCCAGCUAUACAGUGCCUUCUGCUGCUCAGAGCGUCCAGAUGACUCCUCAGGCCAGCUAUACAGUGCCUUCUGCUGCUCAGAGCGUCCAGAUGACUCCUCAGGCCAGCUAUACAGUGCCUUCUGCUGCUCAGAGCGUCCAGAUGACUCCUCAGGCCAGUAUACAGUGCCUUCUGCUGCUCAGAGCCCCCAGCUAUACAGUGCCUUCUGCUGCUCAGAGCGUCCAGAUGACUCCUCAGGCCAGCUAUACAGUGCCUUCUGCUGCUCAGAGCGUCCAGAUGACUCCUCAGGCCAGCUAUACAGUGCCUUCUGCUGCUCAGAUCGUCCAGAUGACUCCUCAGGCCAGCUAUAACAGUGCCUUCUGCUGCUCAGAGCGUCCAGAUGACUCCUCAGGCCAGCUAUACAGUGCCUUCUGCUGCUCAGAGCGUCCAGAUGACUCCUCAGGCCAGCUAUACAGUGCCUUCUGGUGCUCUGGUGCUUGUUUGGGUAGGAUCAUGGUGGUUUAUAAUGCCAAACACAACACAUGGCAUUGCCCUUGUACACCUGGUAAGCGUUCCUGCAUACACAAGGCAGUAUGCAAAUGGUACCUAUUUCAAACAAACAGAAAUCUGUUCCAAAGAGUGAAGAGCACUGAGGAGGAUUUGACCUGCAAGACUUCAUUGCCAGUGGACGCUGGUCUUUCUUUAGAAAAAGAUGAUGCAGAGAACACUGUGUACCCUCCAACAAAUGAGGAUCUGAAGAAAAUGGUGAAAUAUAUCUUUAUGAAUAAAACAUUACCAUCUUCCCUACCGCUCUCAACAACUGAUUUAAAUGAAAGGGAACUUCCAAAAGUUCUUGUUCCAAAUGAGAUGCACUGCUCAUCAUGCUUGGAACAUGCACCCCUUAGUGAUCCUCUCCUCAUCUCUAAUAAAGCUAAAAUUGUCACAACAGUUGGAAUAAUUGAAGUAUCCACUGGAAUGGUUUACCCAAGCAGUAAAACAGUGCUUUCUGCUUAUCUGCACUUUGAAGCAUUAACUGAUCACGAUUAUCAGUUUUCCUGCUUAAAGUGUGGAUUCCAUCCAUCUAUGGUUGUCUUGGAUGCUCAUCGAAAGGGAGUUUUUAAUAUGCAAGUAAGUGAAAUUGAAGAACCCCCAGAAAACUUUGAUGGACAGGUGGAUGUAGAGGCUUUUUGGAAUUCCCUGAGAUUGGAAAUCAUUGCUAGAGGUCUUGUGCAGACUGGAAACCACAAUCCUUUCGCUGUCAAACCAAGUUACCAUCUUUGGGCACCCUGGAUUGGACAAAAUGCUAGGAAAUCUGGCUCUGUCCUAAACACAGAGUGGGAAAAAGUACAUUCAGCAAAUCCUAAUUGUGCAUCUGAAAUUCCAGUAACCGAGGAAAGGCUUAUUGAUGAGCUGAUGACACUGAAGGUGUCUGCUGUCCCUCGGUUAUGUGGAUCUUGUGGAUUAAAUACGAAGGGAUCAAAGAUGGACCUCAUAAUGAGACUGCGGAGUGAGAUGAUAAACAGGUCAUCAUAUGACAAAAUUUUUCGGAAGGUUUGGGGUGCAUCAGGUGGCUGGGCAGUUGUUAUGUGUCCCUGCGGUGUUGUGUAUAGCAUGAAAGUCCUGGUGAGAGCGGAAAGUCCAAGGGACUCUACUGACCUAUUGCUGUCCUGGAAACACCUACCGAAUAUAACAAUUUACGACUUUGCGAGAGGACUGGCGUCUCAUGCCAAUCUCCGUUUUCCAGAAGUAAUUCCCUUCAGCCCACAUGGAGGGGUUUGGGCUUUUAGACCAAAUGAAAGCCAAUAUUGCACACAAAAGAUAGAGGGAAGACUUGCAGUUUCCUUGGAAUGGCUUAAAGAGAAAAAAAUGCCUGCUGAUGUGAAUGGGCAUCCAUUAACUGGCUCAUCUGAACACUAUGUACUUUAUGACAGAUUUCAUGAAAAUAACACAAAAGAUUCCCGUGAUAAACUGCUGACACAUGUGUUAGACACAAAGAAAAAUGAGAGAGAACAUGUGGCACGCGUUUAUUCAACCACCCUGAUGCGAGAAGAUUUUCAAACAUUGGGAUUGCAACGCAGUGUUGAGGCAACAAUUCUGAAUUGCUGUUUCAAGAAAAUCGAAGACAUCAGCAAAUUGCAGGUUAAGUGA